AUGACAUUUUUCAAGACCUUUCUCCUGGCGACAGCCCUAUCGAUCACGUCAAGCGCUGCGGAAACCGAAUGCCCAUCAGGAUGGCUCCUAAAGAUGUACAAAGGCACAAAGUGCUGUCCCGGAAACAUGCUCAUCGACAAAGAAGGCCCGUACUGCUGUGUCUACGAUAUGAGACCUUUUCGAGAAGCACUCAAGGCACUCACAUACACAGCGGAACUUCACGCUACCGCGACAAUGACGGACGAGACUGACUGGUCCACAUUCAGAAGUACUUGUUUCGCCGAGGUCCGCUUCACGGCCACCGACUAUUCGGCCCAGGUCUCGUCAGCGUCGAGCAGAGCUGAAGCUACUCCCAUAGAUAGUUCAACACAUGAGGUCACCUCUACGAGUGAGGGCACCUCUACCAUUCGGGCCACCUCCAUGAGUCAGGUCACCCCCAUGAGUCAGGUCACCUCCACAACUACCACGGGUUCUUCGGCUAGCUCUGGUACAGGGUUGCAGACUUCUUCUUCCACUCCGACUUCAAACCCGGCUAUGCCACAUGCUACUGGGCAGGGUGUGCUUGGUGGUGCGGCACUUGCUGCUGCCCUUUUCAUGUUAUGA